AGCAAUAUAUACAAUGUAUUCUGAUGAUCACCUGUCUUGACAAUAAACAUACGUUAUUGUGAUAACGGACUCGGAGGAAGAUUUGAAUAGCAACAAAAGACAUGGAUUCCUCUAAGUUGUUUAUGAUUGCACUAGUCCUAAAUAUAUGUGCACUGGUCUUCCAAAUUAUUGGCGUAGCGCCACCAUAUUGGGCUUACAUUGAAUUCGGUACUUCCAAGGUGUAUUCCGGUUUGUGGACGCAAUGUACGGAAGUCCUGGGAACAACAUCAUGCUCCGACGUAGCGUAUAGUGAAGGUUGGUUUGAACUUGUGCGAGCUUUUAGCAUUCUGGGUCUUCUUUUGUUGAUUGUUGCUGUUGUCAUGACCGUUCUUAAACUGUUUGUCAUGAAAGACAAGAAACCAGUCCUGUUUGUCGGUAUAGGAACAUCAUUUGCCGGCGGUUUCUUAAUUUUCAUAGCAAUAACAGUUUACGCCGCGGAUUUGAACGACCUGCUGUCUAAUUUAACAUUCACUUUUCAUUUCGCGUUUGCCUUCAGCAUCCUUGCGAUGAUAAUGGCAUUCGCAGGAGGAGCAAUUCUAUUACUCGGAAUGAUAAAAGAAUGAAAUUUAUUUGUUAAAACCGUAAAAAAUGAUUCAAUUCUUUUUUAAAUUGUUUAUGAAACAAAUCAAAUAUUAUUCGUAACUGUUCAGUAAUAAACCUGAUUUUAUUAAUAAACUAACUGAUGUGAAAUUUACAUUUUCAAUAAAUUCCUCUAAUUAACGCUUAUUCAGGUAUUUUCUAGUAACUUUUUUCAAUGGUUUGAUUACAAUGACAAAGAUCAAAAUGCACACUCAUUUCAAAUCGCACUCUUCAAUUGUUCUCGUUAUUAAUUUUAAACAAGAUUUGUCUUUGGUACAUUGUGAUUUUUGUACAUGCAUUUGUAUUCAUAUCGUGCAAAUCAUAAAACCUUUUGAUAUUUCAUAGCAGAUAAACAAAUUGGUUCAUUGACAAACAUUAAUAAAGCCUGCCUGAUGCAUUCUUUUA